GGGGGGCUGCCUCCUAGUGGAGCGGUGGCAGGGACGGGGGCAAAGCCAUUCCUAGGCAGGGGCUUUCUGGGGUCCAGCCCCAGAAAGGAGGACGGAGGAGGAGGAGGGGCCCCAGCCCUGCCCCGUCCUGGCGGACGCCCUGGCCAACAGCAGAAUUUCCUGCUAGUUCCCACGACCCCCUGGAAUGGCCGGUGCUGGAAGAAGCAGACCUACGCUGGGCCAGAUGCUGCAAGGGAGGCGUCCUUGGGGUGAGGAAGGCGGCGAAGGGGUGUGGGGAACCCCACGUGAGCAAGGGCAGGGUAGACUCCCUCAGCACGCUGCGGUUUAGCAGAGGAGCUCAGGGACAAGAUGCAGGGUGGAGGGGGUGGCGAGGCUUUCCUCAGCCGGGGCCUGCCAAGGGCAGUGUCGGGGACCCGGCACCACCCAUUUCCAGGACCAAGGAAGGUGGCUGGCGGACUGAGGGCCUACCACCCUGGGGUCGGGUGGCUAGGGGCAGGGGGUGGCUCCACUGGCCUGGGGGGGGGGGGUGGGGAGAGGCUGGGGCAUGUCCUGAGGGGGAGCAGAGAGCCUUUGAUGGGUUUUAAGAGGGGUGGGGUUAUUAGGGUUGCCUUUUCCCGAAAUCCAUUAGGAGGUUAGUCUGGGGCUAACCGUGGCUGGGGGCCUGUCGGGACGCUGUGGCCUGAGCACGUCCUUCUUCUGGUCUCGGCUUCAACAAACACCCCCAAACCCCACUCCUGCUCCUCUGCACCGGGGGCCCAGAUCUAUGCCUUCUACCCCACACCCACACCCCAACUCCGUGCCUCUCUGCCCUCCGGAGCCUAGCGACCGAUCACGGGUAACAGUGAGAAGCCAGCCGUCCCCGGCAGGGAGUCCAGCACGAUGAACACAGACAGAGCCAACAGCCAUGCCGCCGCUGUGGGGGAGCAGCCAGCACUGCCGGGACCCCGGAAGCAGCCCUCCACUCCUGGGUCCUCUCUCCCUCUCUCCCUCCCGCAGUGUCCAUGGGUCAAUCCCCAGGUCUGGGUGUCUUCCUCCCGGGAGAUUACUGAGCCUGAGCCCGGGAGCCAUGGAGGCCGCUCUGCUCCUGAACGUGGAGGGCGUCAAGAAAACCAUUCUACACGGAGGGACCGGGGAGCUCCCAAACUUCAUCACGGGGUCCCGGGUGAUCUUCCAUUUCCGCACCACGAAAUGCGACGAGGACCGGACAGUGAUUGACGACAGCAAGCGUGUGGGCCACCCCAUGCACAUCAUCAUCGGGAACAUGUUCAAGCUGGAGGUCUGGGAAGUCCUGCUGACGUCCAUGCGGGUCGGCGAGGUGGCCGAGUUCUGGUGUGACGCCAUCCACACAGGGGUCUACCCCAUCCUGUCCCGGAGCCUGCGGCAGGUGGCGGAGGGCAAGGACCCCACGGAGUGGCACGUACACACGUGUGGGCUGGCCAACAUGUUCGCCUACCACACGCUGGGCUACGAGGACCUGGACGAGCUACAGAAGGAGCCACAGCCUCUGAUCUUCGUGAUAGAGCUGCUGCAGGUGGAGGCCCCGAGCGAGUACCAGCGGGAGACGUGGAGCCUGAACAACCAGGAGAAGAUGCAGGCGGUGCCCAUCCUCCACGGAGAAGGGAACCGGCUCUUCAAACUGGGCCGCUACGACGAAGCCUCCAGCAAGUACCAGGAAGCCAUCGUCUGCCUGAGGAACCUGCAGACCAAGGAGAAGCCCUGGGAGGUGCAGUGGCUGAAGCUGGAGAAGAUGGUCAACACCCUGAUCCUCAACUACUGCCAGUGUCUGCUCAAGAAGGAGGAAUACUACGAGGUGCUGGAGCACACGAGCGACAUCCUGCGGCUGCACCCAGGGAUCGUGAAGGCCUACUACGUGCGGGCCCGGGCUCACGCUGAGGUGUGGAAUGAGGCGGAGGCCAGGGCGGACCUUCAGAAAGUGCUGGAGCUGGAACCAUCCAUGGGGAAGGCGGUGCGCAGGGAGCUGAGGCUUUUGGAAAACCGCCUGGAGGAGAAGCGGGAGGAAGAGCGGCUCCGCUGCCGGAACAUGCUGGGCUAGGGUGCGGAGUGGGCCUGCCCGGCCUCCCCUGGGUACUUCUGCAGCUGCGCACACUUCCUGUAGAACGCUCUCUCAAGUCCAUGCCACUCCCUUCUGGGCAGGACAACCACUGGAACUUUACUG